GUAAAUCCCUAAAAUGAUAAAAUAGAAUCUCCGCGAGACUGGGUAAUUUCGUCACACCAAAAAAUGAAACCAUUAUAUUUUCAGUUCCUGCUCGCUACAGAACCUGGUGCCCUGCGUCUCUCUGCAUCUCUCACUCUCUCUUUGUUCAAGAACCGACGAAUUGCGACUUAAUCUUUGUGGAAAAGAAAAAUUGCCCCCUUGAAACUGGAGAAUGUUGUAUCUGCAUGGAGAGUUGCAUAAAGAACCACUUUUUUGACAAUUGACCUUCUGGGUGAUUGAACGAAGAUGAGAAAUGCAUACCGCAGUGGAGUUCUUAAGAAAUCAAAUGAAAAUUUCAGGCUUAUUAUCGCAACAAUUAUGGGAGUCAUUGUUGGAUUUCUUGUUAGUGUUUCGUUUCCAUCUGUUUCUUUUACCAAGAUUAACUUACCUUCAAGCCUUAUGUCAUCUCUUGAUUUAGCCAUCAACAAUGAAAACAGAUUCAUUAGAAGUAAAUCUCCUGAAACUCGUAGAUGGUCUUCAGUUCCUAAGAUAUAUAUUCCAACAAAUCCUCGGGGUGCAGAGUCAUUACCGCCAGGAAUUAUUGUUUCAGAAUCUGAUUUUUAUUUGCGUAGAUUAUGGGGUGAACCUGAUGAGGAUCUGGAGAAAAAGCCAAAGUGCCUAGUAACAUUCACGGUUGGUUUUGAACAGAGGAACAACAUCAAUGCAGCUGUCAAAAAGUUUUCUGAUGAUUUCCAAAUUUUGCUUUUUCACUAUGAUGGCCGGACAAGUGAAUGGGAUCAAUUUGAGUGGUCUAAGAGUGCAAUUCACAUCAGCGCAAGGAAACAAACAAAAUGGUGGUAUGCGAAAAGAUUUUUGCAUCCUGAUGUUGUAGCAGCUUAUGAUUACAUUUUUAUUUGGGAUGAAGAUCUUGGAGUAGAACACUUCAAUGCGGAGAAGUAUAUUCAGUUGGUUAUGAAGCAUGGUUUAGAGAUCUCCCAACCAGGACUUGAGCCCAAUAAUGGACUGACAUGGCAAAUGACAAAGCGAAGAGGUGACAGAGAAGUUCACAAGAUUACAGAAGAGAAACCAGGGUGGUGCAGUGACCCACAUCUUCCUCCAUGUGCUGCAUUUGUUGAAAUUAUGGCCCCCGUAUUUUCUCGAGAAGCUUGGCGUUGUGUGUGGCAUAUGGUUCAGAAUGACUUGGUACAUGGAUGGGGAUUAGAUUUCGCUCUUAGAAGAUGUGUCGAGCCAGCACACGAGAAAAUAGGUGUGGUUGAUUCGCAGUGGAUUGUGCAUCAAGUGGUUCCUUCUCUUGGAAACCAGGGCGAGUCAGAGAAUGGGAAAGCUCCAUGGCAAGGGGUGAGAGAUAGAUGCAGAAGCGAGUGGGCACAAUUUCAGGCUCGCCUUUCUAAUGCAGAUAAGGCGUACCUUGCACAGACGGGAAAGGGAGGUUGAUGUUUCUCCUAAUGAGGCCCCUUCAUUAUUUUGUGUAUAUGUAUUCCUUCGCUGCCUUUUCACUCUUCUUUUCACUAUUCGUGAGAAGCCUUCCAGAGUUCUUUUUUUUUUUUUUGGUUCAAGCGAUGUUUCAUUUCUUCAAGAGUACCAUCCUUUGUAGCUUACAUACAUAUUAUGUUACAUGUCAAAUAUUUUGGAUGCAAUUAAUCAUGGAGAAAAUAGAAUUUCACAUUUUUUCUUAUUCUCAA